AUGGUAUUGCCACAUCUCUACCCCUCUGCGACUUUUCACUCGCGUGAUCCAGACCAUGGCCACUCAGAAGCCCCUCCUCAGACCCAACACUCUCACGCGAUAACGUCGCAGACGGCGAUUAAUGGUGCAUCCCACGAUCCAGACUCACGCAAUUUCGGGGCCCCUUCAGGUCUGUCGAUCCAUCAGAGUGAAACUUCCAGGUCGGCGCUGUCCACGCCCAGAGACUCGGUCAACCAGAACACGAGAUCACGGCAACGCCGGCAAUUGGACCUAGCAGAUCACUAUAACCUGCCGCUUCAGCCGCCGAAGGCGUGGAAGAGCAAAGACAGGACAUGGACACACUCUCAGUUACAGAGGGAGAGGUAUGAGUUCUUCGAGACCCGAGUCACGGGAGUCCCAGAGGUCUGGAGUGGCUUGAAACAGGUGAUUCAAUGUUUGCAUGAAGGUGAUCUGGCCGACGCGCAAGGGAUACUGGAUGCUCUCUCCGUGACACUCCCGACAGGGAAGCUCGAGGAGGGGGCCUACGAUGAACAUGGAAAUCUGUAUAAAAUACCACAAGCCGUCAUUUCAGAUCCCAUCGACGUUAUCGGGGACAACACGGACAUGGACUCCCAAACAGUCACCGGUACUAGUGAUAUCGAUGCGAUCGCAGCGAAACUAGAGGCAGCAGAGGGUGGUAACCUUGACGGCAGCAAAGAGACCUCUAAUGAAGAAAAGGUCAAGGAAGCCAAGGGCAAAGCCCCUGUUCCCAAGGAUGCUGUGAAAGUCCGAUGCCGCCUCAGCGAUCGCGGCGAUCCUGAUGUGAUCGUUCUGCUGGGCAGAAGCCAGAGAGUGAGCGCCCUCGCUCAACGGAUCCGGGACGAAACAGACGUCCCCAGCAAAGCCAAGAUCCGGAUCGCAUACCUUGGCAAGAUUUUGGACGAGAAAUUGACCUUGGAAGAACAAGGCUGGAAGGAAGGGCAUGUGAUCAACGCCCUCGUGGUGGGAAUAUACAGCUGA